CCUACACUGUACGCACCACACUCCACUGGAAGAGAGGGGGGAGUCUCCCCACUCCCUCACUCAAAAGCGCCGUGCAGAAAUUCAACCCCACUUCCCUCCUCGUCAUCAUCUUCAUCUUCUUCGUUUGGGUCAGCGGCCGGUUGUCCGGAGAAUUCGGCUGCGGCGGUGGAGGAGGAAGAGGUGGAGUGAAGAUGACGGAGCCGGCGUUCUUGAACGACCGGCUGUCGAGGCGGACGUUCAUCUUCGGCCUCCGGCUGUGGGUGGUCGUGGGUAUCUGCGUCGGGGCGGCCAUCGUCAUCGCCCUCUUCCUCGUCUCCCUCUACUUCACCUUGAGGCGCAACGGCGCGCGUUCCCAGAGGAGCAGCAGCGGCAGCAGCAAGAAGAAGAAGAAGAAGAAGACGACGAAGCAGGGGCAGGAGCGCGCUUCGCCACCCACGAAGGCCAUCGUCUCCCACGCCAACCCGACCAUCCCCAGCGUCUCCAAGGAGAUUCUCGAGAUCCGGGUCGACCGCCCCGGGGGCCCGGACCCGAGCCUCGACCCUGACCCCGACCCAGACCCGCAUGCUCUCGCCUUGGUCCCCCAGCCGAAGGAAGAUAGCCCCACCCGGCUCCACAUGGAGAUCGGCAAGGACCACCGGAUUUCGUACCCGGAGCGGCCCGGGAGUGGCGGGUCGGGGCCCGGUGAGCAGGCGGCGGCGGCGGCGCCGGACGUUUCGCACUUGGGUUGGGGGCAUUGGUACACGUUGAGAGAGCUACAGGUUUCGACGGAGGAUUUCGCCGACGAGAAUGUGAUUGGCGAAGGUGGGUACGGGAUUGUGUACCGGGGUGUGCUCGAGGACGGCACGAGGGUCGCGGUCAAGAAUUUGCUGAACAACAGGGGACAAGCGGAAAAGGAAUUUAAGGUGGAAGUAGAAGCAAUUGGGCGGGUUCGACAUAAGAAUUUGGUGAGGUUGCUUGGUUACUGUGUCGAAGGAGCUCACAGAAUGCUUGUUUACGAGUACGUCGACAAUGGGAAUUUAGAGCAGUGGCUUCAUGGGGAUGUCGGGCCUUGCAGCCCGCUCACAUGGGAGAUUCGUAUGAACAUCAUCAUCGGCACUGCAAAGGGCUUAACUUACCUGCACGAGGGACUCGAGCCCAAGGUCGUUCACCGAGAUAUCAAAUCAAGCAACAUUUUAAUUGACAAACAGUGGAAUCCGAAAGUAUCUGACUUUGGCCUUGCAAAGCUCUUGGGCUCAGAAAGGAGUUAUGUGACAACUCGUGUAAUGGGAACAUUUGGUUAUGUAGCUCCAGAAUAUGCCAGUACGGGCAUGCUGAAUGAAAGAAGCGAUGUAUAUAGCUUUGGAAUUCUCAUAAUGGAGAUCAUUUCUGGGAGAAACCCAGUGGAUUACAGUCGCCCUUCUGGAGAGGUUAAUCUUGUUGAGUGGCUUAAGACAAUGGUUACAAAUAGAAACCCAGAGGGAGUUCUGGACCCUAGGUUGCCAGAGAAGCCUUCAUCGAGAGCCCUAAAGCGUACUCUUCUGGUAGCUCUGCGUUGCGUGGAUCCAAAUGCUCAGAAGCGGCCAAAGAUGGGUCAUGUCGUUCAUAUGCUCGAAGCUGAUGAGUUUCCUCUUCGAGAUGACCGGAGAGCUGGACGGGAACAUGGACGCUCUCAUCGGGAAAUUUUGAGGGAUAGGUUGUUGGACAAGUGUGUAACUGAAUCAGGUGAUAGUAGUGGAUAUGAGAGCAGUGUUCAAGGCAAUAUGUCAAUGUCGAGAAAGCAAGAUCCUGAAGAGCAAUAGCCUUGAUAACAAGCAUCAGCAAGGAACAUAUUUUGUUAACCAAAAAGGGAAGACAUAUGAACUAUACUCAUGUCAAACUCAUUGAAGCCGAAUGGAUUGGAGGCUUUUGUGGAAACAUUACAAAGAGAAAAGGGAAAAUCCCUCACUGGAUGUAUCAUGUUGGCACAAAGGACUUGACUUGAGAACUAUUAAGACGGAACCUUCUUUUGGCAUGGAGUACGGUGGGUAUGAAGACUGGGUCCUGCAACUCACAUGCACCUAAAUGUAAUUUCGUUGGCUUUGAUGUGAAGGAGGUGUGGGGUUGUACUAUUUUGAGGAACGGGACCCUUCCAUGUUCUUGAAUAUUGAUUUUGAUGGAAGAGUGGCAAGAGGAUUUUCUCUUUUUGGCACUGAUCUUCUUGUUA